AUGCAGUCGUGGAUGAGCUGGGCCACCUUUUUGGCCAUCUUGGCUGCAGGCUACUUCUACUACGCGCCGAAGCUCAACACCGAUACUCGAGGCCGGUCUACGGCACGCACAACAACAACCAGCUCCAAGCAAGUGGACUGGAGCGACUCGGAGGGCAAACCAAAGGCAGCUGCAAAGCAAGCCAAGAAGCAGGCCAAGGCCCCCCACAAGAAGUCGAUUCAGGAUGCUGUUCAGGAGGCUGGCAACAAGGCCAAGGCUGAGUUCAACGCAGCUACCUCUGCUGGUGCUGAUGCCAGCGACGACUCCUCGUCCGCCUCGUCCGUCCGCGCUGCGCCCAAGGUACCGAGCGGUAGAGAUGUCUCUGACAUGCUUAGUUCCUCCGGUGCCUCUGCCAAUGUCCUGAGCAUCAAGGCUUCCGACAAGCCCGCAAAGGCUACCAAGCCCAAGGCGCAGAAGGUCGAGACUCCCCAGGAGACCAAAAAGCAGCGCCAGAACCGACAGAAGGUGGAGGCUCAGAAGGCUCAGCGUGAGGAGGACGAGAAACAGCGCCAGAUCAUGCUCGAGAAGCAGCGUCGCACGGCUCGUGAGGCCCGUGGAGAGCCCGCCAAGAACGGCGUAGCUGCUAAGCUCCCUACCAACAACCCCUGGGCCGGUCAGUCUUCUGGCGGUGCUGUCCAGGCGCCUUCUUCUGCCCCCAGUGGCCAGCUUCUCGAUACCUUCGACGUCGCUUCCACAGCUAGUUCGAGCGCCACCAAUGGCACCAACAACACCCCCGACACUGUCUCCAACAGUGGCAGCUACAACGGCUUGCCUUCCGAGGAAGAGCAGAUGAGAUUGGCCAUGGAGGACAACUCGGCUUGGACCACUAUCCCUAAGGGAGGCAAGAAGCAGAAGGCUACCCAGGUGACCGAAGAGAGCACCGCAUCCACGGCUGUCCCCGCACAAUCGACCAAGCCCGCUCAAGCUCUCCAGUCCAAGAAGCCUGAGAACCGUGCAUCGACCUCGAACUCGCGCUAUGGAAUCCUUUCCGAGCCCUUCACCACCACUGAGAAGGAUUCUGACUGGCCCGUCAUGUGA